CUCUCUCUCUCUCUCUCUCUCUCUCCUUAAAUACAAUCUCCUGACUUCUCUUCUCCUCCUUGACAUCGUCUCUGGCUGUUGGAAAUCCUCUCCUGCCAUGACUCCCACUUCACAAUCCCCAAAAUCACUUUCAGCACGUGGAAUCUCCCCACAUAUUGGUGCCGUGAAUCAGGAUAUGAAGAGGACUUCCUGCAAGGCAGUGUUGACCCUUGCUUACCAGAGUCUUGGAGUGGUUUAUGGAGACCUCAGUACCUCCCCUCUUUAUGUCUACAAAAGCACCUUCUCAGGAAAGUUGAGCCUCCAAGAAAAUGAUGAGGAGAUUUUCGGCGUGCUUUCCUUCAUCUUUUGGACCUUCACCAUCAUCCCCCUCUUCAAGUACAUUUUCAUCGUGUUGUCAGCUGACGACAAUGGUGAAGGUGGUACCUUUGCAUUGUACUCUCUGCUCUGUAGACACGCAAGACUAUGCAUUCUACCCAAUCAACAAUCUGCUGAUGAGAAACUGUCCACAUAUGGCAAGGAAGGAGCAGCUGAUACGUGGCAGAGUUCGAUGCUGAAAUCAUUCUUCGAUAAGCAUCCAAAAUUCCGUAAUGGAUUACUGACCAUUGUUCUGCUAGGAACAUGCAUGACAAUUGGCGAUGGGGUGCUCACCCCAACAAUCUCAGUUCUUUCAGCAGUUUCCGGUGUUAAAGUCAAAAUAACCGAACUUCAUGAGAAUUACAUUGUGGUAAUCUCAUGCGUCAUUUUAGUGGGGCUUUUCUCUCUUCAGCAUCAUGGUACCCACAGGGUUGCUUUCCUGUUUGCGCCCAUUGUCACAGCAUGGCUUCUGUGUAUCAGCAGCAUUGGUAUCUAUAACAUAUUACGGUGGAAUCCGAGUAUUUUCUGUGCACUUUCUCCCUACUACAUGUUUAGGUUCCUCAGAAGCACUGGCACUGAAGGGUGGGUCUCGUUAGGCGGAGUAGUUCUUUGCAUUACUGGUGCGGAGACAAUGUUUGCUGAUUUGGGUCAUUUCUCUCCUCUGUCAAUUAAGAUCACUUUCACAUUUUUUGUAUAUCCAUGUUUGAUUCUUGCAUACAUGGGUGAGGCUGCAUUUCUCUCUAAGCACCAUGAAGACAUUCAGAGAAGCUUCUAUAAAGCCAUACCAGAAGCUGUAUUUUGGCCUGUGUUUGUUGUGGCUACUUUGGCAUCUGUGGUGGGAAGUCAGGCUGUCAUAUCAGCCACGUUUUCUAUGGUAAGCCAGUGCUGCGCUCUGAGCUGUUUCCCUCGUGUGAAGAUCGUUCAUACUUCAAGCCAGAUAUACGGACAAAUAUACAUCCCGGAAGUCAAUUGGAUUCUCAUGUGUUUGUGUUUGGCUGUGACAAUUGGAUUGCGGGACACUAACAUGAUCGGUCAUGCUUAUGGGCUUGCUGUCACAACUGUUAUGUUCGUGACGACUUGUUUGAUGUCUUUGGUCAUAAUAAUUGUGUGGAAGCGAAAGAUAACUUUAGCCAUUGCAUUCCUGGUUUUCUUUGGAUCAAUCGAGCUGCUAUACAUCUCAGCGUCCCUUGUCAAGGUACCUGAAGGUGGUUGGAUACCUCUUGUUCUCUCUCUGAUCUUCAUGGGUAUCAUGUAUGUUUGGAACUAUGGCACACUGAAGAAACAUGAAUUUGAUAUGGAAAACAAGGUUUCAGUGAAACGGAUACUGGCAUCCGGGCCCAGCCUUGGCAUGGUCCGUGUGCCAGGAAUCGGGCUCAUUUACACCGAUCUUGUGACGGGGGUUCCAGCAGUUUUCGGACACUUUGUGACGAACUUGCCUGCAUUCCAUCAGGUAUUGGUUUUUGUGUGUGUCAAAUCAGUUCAAGUCCCAUAUGUACGUGAAAGAGAACGGUUGCUUGUGGGGAGAAUUGGGUCAAAAGAGUAUGCAAUUUUCAGGUGCAUAGUCAGGUAUGGUUACAAGGAUCUGCAACAAGAAGACUACAAUUUUGAGAACAGGUUAGUAGCUGGGAUUCUAGAAUUCGUACAAAUGGAAGGAGAUCAACCCAUGUCCAGAUCGAAUUCUGAACGCUCUUGUGAGGUUGAAAUCUCAGAUGAUGAAGAAGACCAUGAUCGGACAGUGCCAAUGCUUCCCUAUCCUAAUGAUGAAGAGAAUGUUCAGUCAUCGUCCGAUAUCCAAGUAGUGAAAUCGGAAAUCGGGAUUGUGGAGGAUUCCCAUCAUAGCAAGGAGUCAUUAGAGAUCAUGAAGGCAAGGGAAUCCGGCGUGGCUUACAUUCUUGGGCACUCGUAUGCCAAGGCAAAAAAAUCGUCGUCCCUUCUCAAGAAGUUUGCAAUCAACAUCAUUUAUGACUUUCUUAGCAAAAACUGCAGGGGACCCGAUGUUGUUUUGAAUGUGCCUCACACAUCGAUGCUGGAAGUCGGUAUGGUCUACUAUGUCUAACUGAAAGAAAAUGCUGUUCUACUCUAACCAACGCUUAUGCCGCACCUUGUUCUGUCGAAGGACAUGAAUAAAACCAUUGUCUUGUAUGGCCUUGUUCAGGCACAUGAAUUCCUAAAAUCAGGAUUUUCAGAUAAUCAAGAUUUGGUGGGACCCAAGCAUGUUUUGAAUUUCUUGAUUUUGCGAAUUUCUUUCGGUAAGGUGACAAGAAAGAUCUGAUGUGGGCCUUCCUUCAAUGGCAAUGGCGAGAGCAUCGAUUCUGUUCAAAUUGCAUGAUGAUUCUCCUUGUCAUCCUGAGCUGGGCUCAAUGUUCUUCAAUUUCCAUGGCGUCCUGUAGAUGGUAUAUGUACACAGUAGAUCCGUUUAUACACAUGUUGAACAAGAAAUGUAUACAUGGAGAAAGUUGGCUGGCUGAUCCGACCAUAGAUAAAUGGUAGAGACGUAUUCCAUUGGGUUGUAUCUUCUAGACACAAGAAAUAUAUGGUAUUUGAAGAUGUAUAUUCUGUUA